AUGGUCAAGUAUUUUUUGAAGGCGUCAGCAGAAUUGGAUAAUGUCACCGACUUACAACCAGUAGACACAACUGAAAAUCCAUUUGAAUACACAUUUAACAUACAAUGCACUUCGUGUAGACAGGUGCACGGAAAACCAGUGACGAUCAAUAGAUUUGAAAAACAUGAAAUGGGUGGAUCCAGAGGAGAAGCUAGUUUCGUUUUCAGAUGCCGUGAAUGUAAAGGCGAACAUUCUGCUUCGAUUACCAGAACCAAGGAGACGGUGACCAUAGAGAAAAACGGAAAGUUCGUGUCAAUAUUGGAAAUCGAUGCCAGGGGUGUCGAAUUUGUCGAUUUUAUUCCUGAUGGCCAGUUCGAAUGUCGUGGUGCUGAGACUACUUCACGUUUCGAUGAUGUUGACUUGAGUGAUGGUGAAUGGUACGACUACGACGACAAGGCCAAUGCCGAAGUCAGCAUCACCGAAGUCAAGUGGGCAGUAGAACGCUCUUGA